UUACGGGGAGAAUCCAACAUGUCAGCCUCCAUGUCCAGAUUAUGUUCAGAAUUGUAAUGAAAAGAUUUCUAGACAAAUGGAAGUCCUACAGACACAGAUUCGUUCCGUGGAUUGCAUUGAAUCUUCGUAAAAAUGAGAGAACUAUUCGCCAUGUCACAGAGCGCUCAAAAGACCGGCUGGUCUCGGAUGAGGUGGUGUCAGAAACACUACUACACCUUUUUAGGGCACUGCUCAGAAAUGACGUUGCACACCAGGGAGAGGUGUUACGUCUGCUUCCCGCCUCGACUCAAACCCGCUACCUCAGCCCAGAGACCACUGAGGGACCAGACAUAGGAGAACCAAAAGGAGAGCAUAGGCCCAUCGAGACGAUGUUACUCACGGUUGGGUUCUGUAUUGAGAGAAAGCCUAGUUCCUUGCCGUUCGCUGGAACAGGAGUCUUUGUUACCAGGGGCUUUGUGCAUAAAGGAACUACAGUGGCCAUGUACCCAGGUACCAUCUAUCAGGCAUAUGAGCCCAUUCUCUUCCAGUCCAUUCGGAACCCUUUUGUAUUCAGAUGCAUAGAUCAUGUUUUGAUUGACGGCAAUGACAAAGGCAUCUCUAAAAUAGUGUACAGGUCGUGCAGUGGAAGAGACCGCCUUGGUCCUUUCGGGUUGAGUGACAUCACUUGGUUGACAGCCAAUACAGAAAACCCGCUAGCAGUGGGUCAAUAUGUGAACAACUGCUCAAAUGAGAGGGCUGCAAAUGUGUGCUAUCAGGAGUAUGAUGUGCCUGAAGCAUUUCCUCUAGAACUUCGCCAGUACCUUCCCAAUGUGAACUACAGACAUGAUACGCAAAGGCCUUUGCGAUGUGUGGUCCUUGUAGCGUUAAGAGACAUCCACCCAGGGGAGGAACUCUUUUCGAACUACUUCACCAUCGUGCAUUAGGUCACAUUUUUAAAACCGGUACUACCCGAACUUAUUCAAGAAGAAACACUUGGCUACAGUGUGCCUUAGUGCACACAACCCAGGUCUUAAGAUUUUUGAACACGUAAGAUUAUUAUGAAAAGUACUUAUUCAACUAGUCAAGUGAAAGCCUCUCUGAAGAACUGUGGGCCAGAUGAUUCUGUGUAGCCUAUGAGGGAAGGACAAUGAAAGAGACUGAAGGAAAAAUGGAGAACAUGAAACUGAGAAGACCAUAUUCAUAAGAACAUUUUCCUUUAUUUCUGCAUCUAUACACACGUUUUGUCUGGAACAAAAUAUAAAAUAUUCAACGAAAGAGUAUGUACAGUUUUAUGAACAAUAAACUUUUACUUUUGAAUGAUGA